AUGGAUGCGCUCACCCAUAUGCUUACAGACCCUCUUGAUCCGAAAGAAGAAAACGAUGGACAAAUCACUGAGGAGUGCAUGCUGGGGAACUGUAGAGUGAGCCUCCCAGAGGACCUACUUGAAGAUCCUGAAAUUUUCUUCUCUGUGAUGAGUGAAAGCACAUGGACUGAAGUACUGUCAGAUUCCCAGAGGCAGCACCUUCGUCAGUUCUUGCCACAGUUUCCCGACAACAAGGUUGCAGAGCAGGACAGUACCAUCAGCGACCUAUUUAACAACAGAAAUUUUAAUUUUGGAAAUCCCCUUCAUCUUGCACAGAAGCUAUUCAGAGAUGGUUACUUCAAUCCUGAGGUGGUCAAAUACAGACAACUGUGUGCCAAGUCCCAGAGGAAGCGACAGUUGUACUCCUUUCAGCAGUAUUACCACAGGCUGUUGAAACAGAUCCUUGUCUCAAGAAAGGAGUUGCUGGAGUAUGCAGUUCACAAUGGUCUGGACUUUCCACCAAAAAAAAAGCUACCGAACAAGACUCAUGCUGAAAUGCGGGAGCCAAGGGUCAGAAGAAGACUGAGUCGCAUUUUAAAGGAGGUCAAAACAGAGUGUGGUGACAGCAAUGCUUCAUCCGAUGAUGAUGACAUAUCAUUAUGGACACCAGCACCACAAUCACCUUCUUCUCCGACACCCACUGUCUCGCUGAGAGUUUUGCCCAGCCUUUCCACCCAAGACAUGAAGACCACUGAGAAAAUGGAACUAGGAGAGCGAGAUUUAAAAAACAUGCUGCAAAACCAUCGAGAAAAGAGAAAGCGACAGCCAGACCAUCCAGACUUGAUGACUUCUGAUAUCCACCUCGGAGACAUUCUCUCAAGAGCAAAUAUUGGUCGGAAGGGGACUAUGCUUGCCAUGUUUCUGUCUUUUUAUCUUGCAGCACUCUUUGAUCUGUCUCUGCCCAAAAAAAAGAUAAGAGAUGAGAGAAGGAAGAAGAAAAUGAGGACAAUAAAAGUGGAAUCUGAGGAUCCCUGUGAAACUCUCACACCUUUAGACACCCCCUCAGCUCCACCAGCAAACAUCAUCAACUCCCUGCCAGAUAAACCAUCUACUCCACUGCCCAACAUCAAGGAAGAAAUGGUGGAGGAGUCUCAGAGCAGCCCGGUUAUGGUUGAGGAAAUAGCUGUCAGUUUCUUCAGCUUGUUGGAGACUAUCGUGAGGGCAGAACUCCUCGCCAGUACUUUAAUGAUAGAGGAGAAAGUUCAAAUGUGGCAAUCCUCUCCAGCCAGUUCCCUCAAUGUGUGGUUUUCCUCUGCCUCAUGUUGGUCCGACUUGGUUCUUCAAGCUCUGCAGUUUCUUGCAGGAGAGACUAAAGAUGGCAUGAUGGCACUGCCGAGUGGCUUUUCCCCAUUUGUGGAAUUUUCAGAAGAAUCUCAGCAGUGGAGAUGGAUUGGUCCCACUCAGGAUACAGAGAAAGAUCUCAGUGCUCUCUUUCAGCUGUGGCUGGACUCAAAAGAUUUAGUUGUCAAGACUGAAAAUGAAGAACUCAUGGAGAUGACUUCUCCCACACCGAGAGUUUCGACUGAUUACGUGGUGCGGCCCAGCACUGGAAAUGAGAGACAGGUGUUUCAAAUCCAGGAGCAGCAAAGAUACAACCAACCACAUAAAGCCUUCACAUUCAGGAUGCACGGUUUUGAAUCUGUGGUGGGGCCUGUUAAAGGGGUGUUUGAUAAGGAGAUGUCUCUCAACAAGGCCAGGGAGCACACACUGCUCCGUUCAGACCGGCCACCAUACGUCACCAUUCUCUCUCUGGUGCGGGAUGCAGCAGCCAGGUUACCCAACGGAGAGGGAACCAGGGCAGAGAUCUGUGAACUGCUGAAAGACUCACAGUUUCUCGCUCCGGAUGUCACUAGUGCACAGGUGAACACGGUUGUCAGUGGAGCCCUGGAUAGACUUCACUAUGAGAAAGACCCCUGUGUGAAGUAUGACAUUGGCCGCAAACUAUGGAUUUACCUGCACCGCAAUAGGACUCAAGAAGAGUUUGAGAGGAUUCACCAGGCUCAAGCUGCUGCCGCAAAAGCACGAAAAGCUCUACAGCAGAAACCUAAACCUGCAUCAAAGCCUAAGUCCGGAAGUAAAGACGGAGUCAGUAAAACACCUGGAUGUCUGGAGGCAGGACAGGAUAUAGGCUCCAAUCCAAUGUCACCAACCCCUUCAACACCCACCCCAAACACACCUGGAACCCCUAAGUCACCCUUACCCUUCACAACCACCACACCAACGAAGACUGUAGUCCAAGAUGCAAUAAAAACCAGCCCAGGUGUUCUCCUUGUGUCCCCUCCCUCUUUACCCCAGCUGGGAACCAUCUUACCCACCACUCAGACUGGUCCACCAGUAUCACAGCCAGUCACGUCCCAACAUGCAGCUCGUAUUGUGAGCCACUUGGCGGCAGGCUCCCUCCCUCAAGUACGGGUUGUUUCUGCUCAGUCAGGUCUGGGUGCUGCAGCAGGAAGUCAGCAGGCCACGCUUGUACACCAGACGCCUCACCAGAUCAGGAUGCCAGUCUCAGUGGCAGCCAAGGGCAUUUCACAGACCGUGGUUUCAGUGCCUCUGAGGAGUCAGUCUUCUAGUAGUCCAGUUCAGGUGCCACCCACCCUGUCUGUCUCUACUGUAACUGUGACCAAACCUCAAACAGGAUCACCUGGUAGCCCAGCUAAUAACCCUACCUCACCUGCUGUGCUGCAAGGAGUCGCCAGCUCUAACAUCAAACAGGUGUCCAUCACAGGCCAAUUAGGAAUGAAGACUUCAGGAGGAGCAGGAAUUCCAAUAACUGCAACAAACCUACGAAUCCAGGGUAAAGAUGUCCUACGUCUUCCACCAUCCUCCAUCACCACAGAUGCUAAAGGUCAGACGGUGCUUCGGAUCACCCCGGACAUGAUGGCAACUCUUGCCAAAUCCCCAGUUGCAACAGUCAAACUCACCCCUGACUUCCUGGGCACUGGUGCCACAGGCAGCAAGAGCAUAUCAGCCACUCUCCAUGUGACACCACCCCACCAUUCGCCUUCCUCUGUCUCCAGUGCUACAUCCUGUACAGGGGAUGCACAGACCACUAAAACAGGCCCCGUUACCUCCACCUUGUUGAAGGCUGCAGGAGACACAGCCAUACGUCUGAUGCCAACAUUAGCUGUCACUAUGGCUGACCAAAAAUCAAGGACCUUCACCACCGUCUCCUCCCCUGACAAGAGUGGCGCCACAAUUCGUAUAAUGCCUGGCCUCGGUGUCAUUCCACAGAAACAGGGUCAGACCAUCACAAUGACGACCACUUCUGGCAGUAAACCGCUCACAGUGUCCACAUGUGCUAAUGUAGUGACCAUGGCUGCCAGUGUAGUGGCUGGUGCGAAGGGAAUCACAGUGGCCCCCGGAGUCUCAGGCUCACCUCUGACACUAGGAACAGCUACAGCUACUGUGCGGCAGGUUCCUGCUACAGUGGUCACCACACAAACAGGGAAGUUACCUGCACGGAUCACAGUGCCCCUCUCUGUCCUCAACCAACCACUUAAGAGUAAAAGUGUAGUGACCACACCUAUUGUGAAAGGAAGCCUUAAUCAAAAUAUCAGCAGUCUGGGAAGGAACAUCAUCCUGACCACCAUGCCUGCUGGUACAAAGCUGAUCGCAGGGAACAAACCAGUCAGCUUUGUCACUGCACAACAGUUCCAGCAGCUUCAGCAACAAGGACAAGCCACACAGGUUCGGAUCCAGACGGUUCCAGCGCAGCAGCUUCAGCAGCACAUGGCAACUGGCUCCCCGAAAUCUGUCUCCACAGUUGUAGUCACAACAGCACCUUCACCAAAAUGUGCACCUGAUCCCCCUCCUGCACCUCAAAAGUGAUAUUAUCCAUCAGCCAGCAACAAAUCAUAGGUCUAGUGCACAGUAUUACUGCCUGUA